CUCCUCUACUCUCCGGUCUGUCCUGUGAAAUGUUCCGUUAACCUCCGGGUGGAUGAGCUCUGAGAUGAACGGUCCACGUAGAGUAAUACUGGUCCUUCUUUCCUGGUGUUCAGUUCUCCAGCUGCUGACAGCACACCCAGCUCAGAGCCAACUGACAGAGACAGACAGUAGAUUACAGAGGAGGGCUAAUGCACUGCGGAGGAAACGGGAUCUCCUAGGGGAGGAGACAUUCAGUCCACUUCUCUCUGAAGCAACUCUCCCUCGCAGUGUUCUACACAAUUACACUGCCCGCGAUGCCUCAUCAGAGUACUGUGGCUGUCUAAAUGGGGGCUGGUGUCAGGAGGGAGGUGUGUGUGACUGUGCACAGUUCCAGGCCCUCGGAGACCGCUGCCAGAUCAUUCCUAACCAGGGCCAAGACAGAGAUGGGAUCUGCAGGUCUUGGGGUCAGCACCACUAUGAGACGUUCGAUGGCAGCUACUUCUACUACCCUGGAACCUGCUCCUACAUACUGGCCCAGGACUGCCGCUCAGCCACACCACAGUACACAGUGUGGGUCCAUAACAGCCGUGUGUGUGAGGGCAGUGUGUACUCCUGUCCCAGGGCUCUCAGUCUCUUCUUCCCCAACGAGGAGGAAAUCCACAUCUCUGGAUACCAAGUCCACCAGGGGGGCCGCAGGCUGAGCCUGCCCCAAACAAUAGGAGGUGUGUUUAUAGAGCGUCUGGCUGACUACCUUCUGGUGAAGAGUGUGUUUGGCUUCUCUCUGGCGUGGGACGGAGAGAGCGGAGUAUAUCUGAAGAUGUCUGAACAGCACCACGGCACCCCCUGUGGCCUCUGUGGGAACUAUAACAACCUGCCCAACGAUGACCUCACCACUGCCCGCGACAGCAGAGGAGAGUGGGAAACGAAGAGGAGAAGAGAGGAGAGAGGGAAAAGAGUACAAAGGGGACAGGAGUGCAGAGAGGAGAAGAGAGGGAGGAAGGGAGACGAGGGAAACAGAAGAGAGGAAAGUAGAGCAGAGGAGAGAAGUUAUUUUAAUAUACAGUCAUUAUACAGUUAUUAUAUUAUAUUGGAUUAUUUUCAGGCAUCUAGAGGAAGGACCCCUAACUGUGUGUGUGCGUGUUUCGUGUGUGUGUGUGUGUGUCUGUGUGUAGGUGUGCAGACAGAGGAGCCAGCAGUGUUUGCUAACAGCUGGUCAGUAGAUCUGCCCCAUGAGAGAGGUUGUCCUCUGGUGGACAUAGACUUCACUGGACCCUGCCACUCUGAGUCUGAUAUGGACGAUGCCAUAGAGAAGUGCAGUGCUCUCCUGUUCUUCCCCUUCCUGUCCUGUCAUGAUAACAUUGAUCCAAACCCCUACGUGGCCAGCUGUGUCGCUGACCUCUGUGUGUCUGAUGAUGAGGAGACGUUUUGUCGUGCGUUGGUGGAGUACACACGAGCCUGCAGCCAUGUAGGAUACCCUGUACGAGAGUGGCGAGACAGCUUCCCUUCCUGCAAUGAUGGUUGUGAGGAGAGUUUUGUCCAUAGAGACUGUAUUAGCUGCUGCCCUCCCACCUGUACCUUUGACAAGGAAUGUCUGGGAACCAACUUGCACUGUCUGGAUGGAUGCUACUGCCCUGAUGGGUUGAUUCUACAGAAUGGGACGUGUAUAGCAGUGUCUCAGUGUCCUUGUGUCUAUCACGGCACCUCAUACACACAGGGACACACUCUGGAGCAGGGCUGCAGCGUCUGUGUGUGUAUGGGGGGAGUGUGGAACUGCACAGAGAACAACUGUACAGCGGAGUGUUCAGUAGUCGGUGAUGUGUUUGUGACGUCGUUCGAUGGGAGGAUGUUCCUGCAGCCGGGGGCGUGUCAGUACGUCUUGGUUAAGAGCCGGAUUGGCAACAGAUUUACUGUUACCGUUCAGUACACCACCUGCACAGAGGCCCAGCAGCAGGCGUGUAUCCAGUCGGUGACAGUGGUACUGGAUGAAAAUGUUAGUCACCAGGUGACUCUGACCCGAGAGGGGGAGGUGCUUAUAGGGGUCAACCCCGCUCCCACCUUGCCCUACACCAAUGAUGUAGUGGAGGUGCAGAGGCUAACGUCGGUGUUCGUCCAGCUGAGGACCUUGCUUGGACUGCGUCUGCAGUAUGACGGCCGUGGUGGGCGCGUCUACCUACAACUGGACAGCCAAUGGCGUGGGAACACGCUAGGCCUUUGUGGAACCUUCAACGGAAAUCUUCGGGACGACUUCCUUUCCCCAGCAGGGAUGAUAGAGGGGACUCCCCAGCUCCAUGCUAACUCCUGGAGGGUCUCAUCUGCUUGCUCCGCCCCCAUCAACCAGCCAAUCAUCGACCCCUGUGAGAUGAACCAGCACAACGUGUUCUAUGCCUCUCUAUGUGAGGUUUUGUUGGGGAGUGUGUUUUCUCCCUGCCAUGGUUACGUCAGUCCCAGUGUGUACCAGCAACAGUGUCGCUACCAGGCAUGUCGCUGUGGAAACACCUGUCUGUGUACGGCCCUGGCCCACUACACUUACCUCUGCUCCAAACACCAUGUUGCAGUCAACUACAGGGCCCACGUCUCAGAGUGUGGGGUGGUGUGUAUGGGUGGGAUGCUGUUCCAUUCCUGUGUGUCAUCCUGUGGCCGCUCGUGCCGCUCCCUCUCCAGUGGAGAAACCUGUAACCAUGAUGACUGUGCUGAGGGGUGUGGCUGCUCAGAGGGCAGUUACUACGAUGACGUACGACAACGUUGUGUUCAGCCGUCUCAGUGUCAUUGUUACUCUAUUGGUGGAGUGUCCCAGCCAGGGGAGGUGUCCUUCAGCGCCGCCGGCCCUUGCCUUUGCAGGAAUGGAAGGAUGGAGUGUGUACCAGAAGAAAGAGAGCCAGAGCGAGGCCAGUGUCCGGAGGGAAAGGUGUUCCACAGCUGUUCUGAGCCCCAGGGGGUCCAGGGGGUGGUGGCUUGGCGAGGAGGUGUGGCCUGUGAGCUCACCUGUCGGAACCUGAUGUUGAACCUCACCUGUCCUCCCACCACACCCUGCAUACCUGGCUGUGUCUGCCCACCUGGGCUGGUUCUGCACCGUGGGGAGUGUUACUACCCAGAGAACUGUCCCUGUGCCUGGCUGGGCCUGGAGUAUCUGCCAGGAGAGACCGUCGACACCCCCUGUUACAGAUGUGUGUGUCACCGGGGGUAUUUUAACUGUAAUUACUCUCCGUGUCCGGCAGUAUGUACGGUCUACAGUGACAGACACUACCACACCUUCGACGGCCUGGAGUAUGACUAUCACUCAGACUGUCAGGUCUACUUACUCAAGAGUAUAGAUGGUGAGGUGUCCAUCGUGGCCCAGAAUAAGGAUUGUUAUCAGAGUGGGAUCGUCUGUAUGAAGAUGCUGGUCAUCCAUGUUGGAUUCACCAAGAUUUACUUCAACGACAACUCAGGCCAGCCUAGCCCCUCCAGUGUGGUAGGUAAGGGGUCAGAGUUUGAGCUGUGGUCAGCAGGCUACUACACAGCCAUUCACUUCCCCAAACAGGACCUGACCGUUCUCUGGGACCGCAAGACAACCGUGCACAUCAGAGCUGGACCACAGUGGAAGGGUCUCCUGAGUGGUCUGUGUGGGAACUUUGACAGUGUGACGGUGAAUGACAUGACCACGUCCAGUCACAUGGAGGUCAGCAAUGCUCAGGGCUUUGGAAACAGCUGGGCUCUGGGACAGUGUGAGAGUGACUAUGUGGUGAAGAGAGCGUGUGAAGGAGACCUGGGUAGACAGCCGUACGCCAAGAGAGAGUGUGCACUACUCUACAGUGACAUCUUUAUCCCCUGUCACAACGUGGUGGAUGUAUCAUGGUUCUAUAGGAACUGCUUGACAGACACGUGUAACUGUAACCGAGGCGGAGACUGUGAGUGUCUGUGUACAUCCAUUGCUGCCUAUGCACACACCUGCUGUCAAAACGGUGUCACUGUGGUCUGGAGAAACCCCUCUGUCUGCCCCUAUGAUUGUGAAUACUACAACCAAGAGUUAGGUGAAGGACCGUUUUCGGUGGUCAGUGCUGUAUAUAACGCUACAGUCUUCGGUGUGAACAGAACCAGUGGGUCAGUGUUUCCUCUAGUUAGGGAGUUCGUAGGCGGGCUGCCUCCCCCUGGGCUACUCUUCAACUUCAUGAUCACAGCAGGACUACAGAAGGACCGCACAUCACGUCUCCCGGUGGUCUCCCUGGAGUCAGCAGAGCGUCCUAACUACUUCCUGGUUGUGUCUGAGCGUACUGGGCUGCGGUUGGAGCAUUGGACCCGAGGGGAGGAGUUUGGCCACAGGGCUUCCUUCCUGCAGCACCAGGGGGUGUUCCUGCCUGGCCACACCUCUUUUGAGCUGAUUGGCCAGCCAGGAGUGUUCCUGACUCUGACACGCACGUCUGCACGAGCUCAGAAAUAUGACAACUCUGACAACUUCAAGACCAGCAGCUCCUUUACCCUGGAAGAGAGCAGUUUUGUGAUUCCGUACCGCAUGAUGUGUGAGUGGCGCUACCAUGCAUGUGCCAGUCCGUGUGUCCGUACAUGCAGCGACCCCUCUGCCACACGCUGCCACUUCCUGCCCCCGGUGGAGGGCUGUUUCCCUCGCUGCCCCAAAAACAUGGUUCUUGAUGAGGUCACCAGGAGAUGUGUCUACACAGAGGACUGUGUGUCCCUACCUCCCACUCCUACACCCUACGCCUUCGUAAACCGAACGACCACCAUCCCAACUACUACUACUGUUAGGUCUACUAGUACUAUUACUACAUCUAGGACCACUACUAGUAGUACCAGAACUACAACCAGUGCUGCCUCUACAACUGUUACUGGCACCAGAGCCCCCACUAUGCCCAGUACAGGCCACCUAACAGAGAGUUUCACUCCCACCCUCACCCCUCCUCACUCCCCCUCUCCUCCUCCCCCUUCUCUGCCCACACCCUCCACCCCCACUGUGACUGAGGACACCCCUUUACCUGCAGUCUCUCCCUCCAUCUCCCCCUCUCCCUCCCCCACCAUUACUAGCAGCACCACUGGGGUCACGACCCCGACCUUGACCCCUGCAGUGGUCACUAGAGUAACUAUGGAAAUGCCAUCCCCUACUUCCCCCAGCCUGGUAGUGACCGAAUCCACCACUCCUCUUCUCUCUCCUGAUUCUCGCUCUCCCCCUCCCCCCUCCUGCUACCCCUCCCCAGCCUUCCACCCAGCCUUCCAGCUCCCCCUCAGCUCCCCCUAUCUCCUCCCCCACUUCCUUUUCCCUUGCUCCCCCUCUCUCCUCCUCCACCCCCACCCUGACCACCACAGAAACACACCGUCCUGUUGCUACGCCCACGGAGACUACCUCUGUAUGUUGACAUCACCACCCGAGACGACGGAGUCCAUAACAACGGAAACAGCCACUAGCCCAGACUCCUCUCAUACACCUGAGGCAGUCAGCAUGCCGACAGGGCUGUCCCCCUUCCUCCUGCCCACCACCCCCUGCACACCCCCGUAUUCCUACCGUGUUGAUGAAUGUGCAGAGCUGAUUUGUUUUAAUGGGGAGCUGCUCCUCCAUAACUCCUCCCUCCACUGUCGGUACAACACCACUCCUCCUCGCUGCUCUCUGCUGGGCAUGGCUGUCCUCACCAACACCGACCCCUGCUGCCCGCUCUGGCAGUGCCCCUGUCGCUGCUCUGUGAUGUCAGACCUGCGUGUGAUAACGUUUGACGGUAACAACGUGGCGCUGUAUGAUAACGGCUCCUACAUCCUGGUCUACCUGCCCUCAGAGAACAUCAUAGGAACAGUGAACAAAUGCCCUACCAGCCAGAGCGUCAACUCCAUCAGACGACCUAGCCCUAGUGGUGGAACGUCAGGUCUGUGUUUCAAGAACUUGAACAUCACCACUCCCUCCUACAGGAUCAUCAUCAACCGUCUUGACCGCAAGGUGUCAGUGAACCACAUCAAGGCGCGGCUGCCUUUCUCCCGCCAGGCUCUGUCAGUAGAGGACACAGGCAGUAUGUACCUGAUCACCACUCCUGGAGGAGUCAACAUACAGUGGUACCACAGCACUGGCAUCAUGGUGCUGCAAUACACUGCCCCCUCCAACACAUCUGCUCCUACUAGAGGCCUCUGUGGGUGUUGUGACGGGAACCCGGCUGAUGACCUGAAGCUGCCUAACGGUACGGUGGUGAGGGAGGUGGCAGACCUGGGUCUGUUCCUGCAGGCCUGGAGGGUCCACACCUCAGAGGACACGGAACACACACGACGCAUCGGAGACAACUGUACCACUGGAGACUGCUCCACCUGUCUCUCCAUGCUCAGACAGAGACCUUUCACUCCCUGCCACAGCAAGGUGUCUCCAGAGCAGUUCUGUGAUGUGAUGUGGGCAGGAGACCUCCACUAUAAGGCCCACCAGUGUGACUUCCUGGCAGCCUACGUAGCUGUCUGCUACACUUACCAAGUCUGCAUCAACUGGAGACGACACAACUUCUGCCCGUUGAGGUGUCCUUCAGGUAGGGAGUACCAGGCGUGUGUGUCGACCUGUACCACCCGGACCUGUCAGAACAGAGAGUUCUAUGAGGAGACCACCUGCUCCCACAUCAGAGAGGAGUGUGUGUGUCGCUCUGGAACCAUCCUGCACCGAGCAGACUCCACUUACUGCGUCACAGAGGAGCAGUGUGUGUGUACGGAUAACGAGGGGUCUCCGCGGGCCCCUGGGGAGGUGUGGAACGGGUCAUUGCGUGGCUGCUGUCUGUUCCGCUGCCUGGAGAACGGUUCUGUGGUGGCAGUAGAACCUGACUGCAGCUUUAGUCCCACUCCGCUGUGUGAGAGGGAGGGAGAGUAUGUACUGGAUGUCCUGGAAGAGGGGGCCUGCUGUCCCAAGAAGAUCUGUGAGUGUAAUCUGACCAUCUGUGAGAGUGAGGCUCCGCCCUGUGAAAAUGGGAACCGGCUGGUGAUUGGUUACAGUGCCUUGUCCUGCUGCCCAGAGUACCGUUGUGAGUGCGACCCCCAUGCCUGUCCCCCCGUCACCGCCCCUGACUGCAGAGAAGAUCAGUUCCUCGUGGAGGUCCGUGAGGACAACUCCUGCUGUUACUCCUUCCUGUGUGUGUGUGAGUCAUGUAUCGAGCCCGUCCCGGCCUGUUCCGAUGGCGAGAUAUUAGCUGUGAAUCUAAACACCACUAACAGCUGCUGCCCUCAAUACCACUGUGUGUGUGAUGUGAACCUGUGUCCUGAGUCGUCUCUGACCUGCUCUCCUGGCCUGUCUUUGGUCCAAACCACCCACCCUGGACACUGCUGCCCCGACCACCGCUGUGAAUGCCAGUGUGAGGACAGCUCUCUCCCAGUCUGUCAGGUGGGGGAGGUACAGGUGGAGGUUCCAGAAAGCAGAAGCAUCUGUGGCUGCCCCCGCUACACCUGCGAGAAGGCAGAGGUGUGUGUGUUCCAGGGAGUCACAGUGCUGGGGCCAGGGCAGAGCCUGAUUCAGUACUAUGAAGGAGAGCUGUGUUACACCGUACACUGUCUGACACACCGUGACACACACACCGGAUACUACGCCAUGGACGUGUCCGCUGUCAAUUGCUCUCAGAAGUGUGGCCCGCACCAGCUUUACGCAGCAUCGUCAGAUCCUCAGGUGUGCUGUGGCUCCUGUAAGAACGUCUCCUGUUCCUUCAACAGCCACAACAGAACCACUGAGGUCUUCACUGCGGGGAGCUCCUGGGUAGAUAACUGUACACGGUACGACUGUGUGGAGACGGCAGGGGGAACCGUGGUGCUGGCCUCAGGGGUGGUCUGCCCCCCCUUCAAUGACACAGAGUGCACUCAGAAUGGGGGCGUGGUCCAGAGCUAUGUGGACGGCUGUUGCAGAACGUGUAAGGAGGACGGUAAGAUGUGUAAGCGUGUAGCAAUCCGAACCACCAUCAGGAAAGACGACUGCAGGAGCAACGCACCGUUGACAGUGUAUUCGUGUGAUGGGAAGUGUCCGUCUGCCACCAUCUUUAACUUCAACAUCAACAGCCACGCCCGCUUCUGUAAGUGCUGCAGAGAGAGUGGACUACAAUCCCGCUCCGUCACCCUCUACUGCUCACGCAAUGCUACCCUGGUGGACUACAGCUUCCAGGAACCUCUAGACUGCUCCUGCCUAUGGAACUAAUGAGAUCUACUGUAAUCCAGGGGUAGGCAACUAGAUUCAGGAGGAUGGUCAGGGGCAUGGAAAAUAAUUUUAAUAAUUUGUACACUGUACGCAGGUACCUACACACUGAAGAAGGCUGUAAAGACGAAACAUCUGUGUACGCUAUCCCUGAUGCAGUAGAAAAAUGUAACAUAUUGAAUAAUGAACUAAGCUUUAUGCAACAUAUUUUGCACCUCUUUGUUUGUCUGAAUUCACAGGUUUUAUGCACCAGCCAAGCUUCUGGAGAGCGUGAUAGUUCUCUUUUGAUUAGUUACACUACAAAUUGACCACAACUAAGCCGAAAAAUAAAUGCUAUUUGAAAAUAAUAAUCAUUUCAUACAUUGAGACACGUCUUUUUUUUAUGGGAAUACUUGGAAACAUUUCCUAAACUAAACUCAUUUUAGCUGAAUUCCUGGUGAUUUUAUACAGUCUUUUUUAACGUAAAACUAAAGUCUAUCUACCCUGAUCUAGUCAAUGUGAGCUCCAGUAUGGCAAACAGUAUGUUGGACGGAGGAUGGAAGGUUAGACGUCAGACAGGUGAAGCGUCCAGGUAGGCGAGUUCUUUAGUCUUCCUUCAGUCUGUUGUUGAAGGGUGUAUGCUGGCCUGUUGUAGUGACCCUGUCAUUACAGAUGUGUACAUUUACAUUUACAUUUAAGUCAUUUAGCAGACAUGUAGGGCUGUAACCAGUUCCUCCUGUACUAUGAUAACACUAGUCCUAUCUGUACUGCUGUAGCCUGCUCCUCCUCGUGUGUAACACUAGCUAGUCCUCUCUGGCUUUAUAAUGUUCAGAUCAGUUGGUCCCAGCUGACAGAAGUACUGCUGAUUUAGUAUGUCAGUGAUCUAGUUCUCUCCUGAUGACAUGUUUAAUAUGCCGCUAAUAUUUGUCUUAGAACAAAAAACAUUCAUUACAAAUGUAAAGCUUUUAUACAAAAGUAUUUGGAUUUAAAUCAAUGCAUUAUUAAUCCACCUAAGCAUCUGGAAGUAGAUGAUCUGUAAUUCUACAGAAGGCUGUAUGUGCUGUGUUGUUUAUUGUGAAGCAUUGUGCCAGUAAUCAUACAGUAUCUGCUGUGUUGUUUAUUAUGAAGCAUUGUGCCAGUAAUCAUACAGUAUGUGCUGUGUUGUUUAUUGUGAAUCAUUGUGCCAGUAAUCAUACAGUAUGUGCUGUGUUGUUUAUUAUGAAGCAUUGUGCCAGUAAUCAUACAGUAUGUGCUGUGUUGUUUAUUGUGAAGCAUUGUGCCAGUAAUCAUACAGUAUCUGCUGUGUUGUUUAUUGUGAAGCAUUGUGCCAGUAAUCAUACAGUAUGUGCUGUGUUGUUUAUUAUGAAGCAUUGUGCCAGUAAUCAUACAGUAUGUGCUGUGUUGUUUAUUGUGAAGCAUUGUGCCAGUAAUCAUACAGUAUGUGCUGUGUUGUUUAUUAUGAAGCAUUGUGCCAGUAAUCAUACAGUAUGUGCUGUGUUGUUUAUUGUGAAGCAUUGUGCCAGUAAUCAUACAGUAUGUGCUGUUGCCAUCACACUGAUGUUACCACUCAGAAUAGAACAAUAAAAUACU